AUGAUGUUGCCAGAAGGAGUUUCAGAGACCAAGAAGGAGACAAGAGAGGCAUGGCCUGGGGUCAACAUGGGUACCACCAUCCCAUGGAAGCAUCUGCAAAGCAUGAACAGAGAGGAGUUGAAGAAGAGCAGCCACAGCCUUGCCAGGCAGCACCAAGAUCAUGCCCCCUGGAUCCCUCUAGGCAUGGAGGAUGACUGGGCCAAGCUCCCAGAGCCGGGAGAUGUCCUAACUUUAUGGGCCAGCCAGGAAAAGGAAGUGCUGAGGAUGCAGAGGGCAGUAGAAUGGUGGGAGAGGACUGUGGGGGAAGAGCGAGCACGUGAGUAGGAGGGAAGAGAAAUCCUGGAGAUGAGGCAGAAAGUGAGAGGAGAGAUGUGUGCCUAUCCAGAAAAGGGCCUGCCUGCAGCAGCACAUUCCUUCCGUCUGCUUGAAUGCUGA